GUUGUCGCGAGCUGACAGGCUGCUGACAUGACAACAGGUGAACGAGAGUUCAAUGUCAGAAACGCUGAGGGAGCCGAGGACAGCAGGGCGGUAUGAGAGACGCGAUGAGAGGACGGAGACAGACAGAGAUAAGGAAGCCAAGGCUACCGUGAUGUUUUUGUCUCCUUCUGCUGCUUUUGGUUACUGAAGUGAAACUACGCUGAGAGAAGAAACCGAACGUACAGAGAAAAUCCAGACAAUCCCUCUGCAAUUGGAAGAGGAUGGGACGUCCCGCCGUGCUUUUGUUUCCUGUGAGAGGAAAACUUCAAUCACUUCGACGCUUCAUCUUCAGUGGGCCGUGUAGUGUUUCAUGAAAUCUCUUUAGGUGUCGUCCGAUUGGUCCUUCAUUCCAGUGUGAGGACCUGCCAGCCAAUCCGCAUCUGCCUGGCAGCGUCUCCUCUGCAGCAGAUUUCUACUUCACUUGGGACAGAGCUCAGCAGGACAGAGACAGAGAGGAGACCGACGUUCACCACAGCUGAAUCCAGGAUUCUGCACAAGUGAUCUCCAUCAUGGAGGUGCCCAGGAGGCCUCAACCCUCCUUCACACUGGCUCUCCCUAAACUGACCUCGUCUGCUCUGUCUCCCCUUGGAGCUGUGGAGAAGGUUGCCAAGAAAGAUCCGAUGAAGGAGAAGCUGCAGGAGAAGAAGGAUGGAGCCACAAAGGGGGAUCAGUUUGGAGAGGAGGCGUUCAGCACAGAAGAAGAGUCGGAUGUGUCUGUGUUUGUGGAGGCACCAGCUGAGACGUCAGAACUUGAGGGUACAAAUACAAAACUCUCCUCACAGGACAGUUUCUCAGAGGACAGCUCGAUGUCUGAGGAGAGGUUGGCAGAGGAGGCAGAAGAGGCUAAGAAGAAGCGUGAGGAGGAGGAAGCAGCAGCUAAAGAGAGGGCAGCCCAGAGACAGAUGCUGGCCAUAGAGGAGCUGGUCCAGUCUGAGAGGAAUUACCUGCGACUGCUGCAAGUGAGCACUGUGACCAUCAGGAGCAACCUGCAGAAACUACAGCCUCCUCCAGCAAACCUGGACAGCAUGUUUCUCUACAUAGAGGAAGUGAUUGACGUGUCCAGUCGACUCCUCAGCCUGCUGGACCAGAAGAAGAUUCAGCCUUCAGACCCUCUCUACCUGCAGACGCUCUGUGAUUCGUUCCUCAGCCUGACUUCAGACAUCGAGGCAGCCUAUAAAGAAUACCUGGCCAACUACAGCCAGGUCACAGUGGUGGAGAACAGCUACAAACAGAAGGAGACGCUGUGGAAUGAGAUUGUCAAAGUCAUCAAGGCCUCAGCGCCUGAAGUAAACGCCACCUCUCUGAGUUUCUUCUUGGUGAUGCCGGUGCAGCGGAUCGCCCGGUACCCGCUCCUCCUGCAGACCAUCCAGAAACACACUGACAAAUCUCACCCAGCGUAUGCACUCCUGGAGCAGACCGCUCACACCUCCAUCGCCUUGAACUGUCGCAUCAAUGAGUACAAACGCUUCAGAGAAGUUGCUGACAAAUACAAGAAGACGGAGACUCUGACCAUAAAGGACAAGAUCAACCGUCUCAACACCCACAGCAUCGCCAAGAAGACAGCGAGGCUCAGCCAGCACUUCAAACAUGAGACUGGAAUAGUACCAAAGCUGGUGGAUGAAGAGUUCGACGCCCUGGAAGGUUUCUUUUAUGUUCUGGAGCACGGGAUCCUGGAGCUCCUGGAGAACGUGGAGACGUAUCUGCACCACCUCCAGGGGUUCCUGGCCUGCAAAACAGAGGAGUUUGACUUUGAUAUGGACGGAGAGAAGGCACCUAUAUGCUACAAGGAGAUCACUACCGCUCUCAGACAGUGGAUUCUGCCUACGUUUGAAAAGAGGAUGAGGACGUUAAUCCACAAGCCACUGUGUGCACUCCGUGACCUCCUGGUGGGUCCGAGGAACCUGAUCCGGAAAAGGCUGGACAAGCUGCUUGACUAUGAAGUGAUAGAAGCCAAAUCCAAUCUGAGCUACGAGGAGCAGGCUGUGGCCAACACAUACAGGACAAUCAACACGCUGCUCCUCAAUGAACUUCCCCAGUUUAAUGGUUUGGCUCUGCAGAUGAUCUGGAGCAUGUUGGGGACGUUCAGCUGUCUGCACAAAGACCUCGCCUCAGACAUGGAGCAACUGUUCCAGAGCUUUGCACAACAGCUCCCUCACAGCUCUCUCAACCCCAGUGCAUUCUGGGAGUGGGCGGAGUCUGCAGUGCUGGGAGGUGCGAGGAGCCUGGAGACUUUGUGUCGAAGUGUAGAGGAGACCCUCAACGCACCCUUCGUCCAGCCUCUGAGUCCAUCCUCUCAGCGCCGUCUGAAGCAGCUCACAGAUAAGCACGGUUCUGGAAAGAUCUACCAGGUGGCGGCGGCGGUGGUGGGCAGCCGGGACCUGGACCUGAACCUGGCCAAAGGGGAGCUGGUGGCUAUUAUCAGUGAGGCAGAUAGCCGGGGAGACAAACGAAGAUGGCUGGUCGACGCAGGAGGCAGACGAGGGUACGCUCCGUCUGCAAAGCUGAUUCGCUAUCACCAGCCAACAGCAGACCCGCCGCCUUCCCCACACCUGAACCUGCCUGACGGCAUGACAGGAAUCAGAAGACACUCCUACACCCCAGAGAACCGGCCGCUGACGGUCAUGAGCCAGCCGUGCUUCCAGGUGCUGGCGGCGUACGACUUCACAGCGCGAGGAAACCAUGAAGUGUCUGUCAGAGCCGGCGAGCCAGUCCGUGUCCUGGAGCCCCACGACAAACGAGGGAAUCCUGAGUGGAGUCUGGUGGAGGCGAGAGGUGGGCUCAGAGGCUACGUGCCCUCCAACUACCUCACAAUCAUGCCCGUGGGGACUGGGCCACCUGGCAUGUUCCCGCCCUACUGACAGGAGGGACGGAGACACAGCAGCACGUAGAGUAUGACAGAGGAUUCACCAUACUGUCUUUAGAAGGCUUACAGCAGUAUUUUUUUAAAUGAAGGUGUGUCUGCUUCUCAAACAGUAACAUGACUCUACAUUGUGACCAUCGUUAUUUUAUUAUCAGUGUCAAAAUCAGUGUUUUAAACAUCAGAGCCAUUAAAUACAAGAGUUUCAUGGCCACAGUGUUAGGAGUAAAAAUGCCAUCAGUUUUAUUUGCACAGCCCAAAAUCACAAAUUCUCUAAGGUCUUAACACCCUCUAUCCUUGGACACUUUAUUCAAUAAGUAUAUCGUAACCUUUUACAAGUAAGAGCUUAUCUGUCUUCUCUAAGGCCUUUUCUUCACUAUCUCUAACUCAAUUUCUGCACUAAAUUUGAAAAAGAUUUUGUUCCCCUCUACACCCAAAAUAUAUCUUUUCAAAAGUGCCAUUCAAAGAAGAGAUGACACAAGUCUUACAAACUGGUGUGAACACGUGUGAGCUUCAAAAACACUGACAUCUGACUGUAAUGUCAUCCAGACUUCAGCUCUGUGUUCACUCGAUUAAUCACUCAGGGUGUAAAUCACAAGUUUUAUCACAUUAUGAUUAUUAUCGAUUAAACUGACUCCACUAACACACAUGAAACACGGCUCACAAGCAAGAAUAUUUACCAAAAGAUAUCAAAUAAUAACUGUCACAGACAUAACAGUUAUUUUUUUGCUCGUCACCAUUAGGGCUGCAACGAUUAGUAGACUAAUCAAUGACUA